GUCAUACAGUCAGCUAAGUGAAGCUCUGAUACCAAUAUCGCGUUUUUUUAUUUCCGCAGUUUGUGUUUUCACUUUUAUCUCAAGAUUUAGAAAAGUUUAGGAGGGUUGGAGAUGCCAAAGACUUUGCCAGAGACGUUUUUACGCAGUUUGUUCAUUGGCUUCCUCAUGAGCGCCAUUUUGAUGCAACCAAGUGGCGGGAGUGGCCGGACUCUGUUUGAUUUUACUCAGACAGAGAACGUCAAGAAUUGGAUGGAACAAUCCGACACGGUCAGGACUGUGGGGAAAUCGAAAGCAGUUUUGGCUUUGCAGACCACCCAAAUGUUUCGAAGGGCCAUCUUCUUCACUCUGCUAAAUCCACAGCCCAAUGGGGCUGGUUUUGCAGGAAUGAUAACAGCGACGAGUUUGGAUCUGUCUAAUUACCAGAAGUUCGAUAUCAGAUGCCGAGGUCAGGGCAGCAAUAGUCAUUACAAAGUCCUGCUUCGACAGUGGGGAAUGGAUCCCACUUUGGACGUGACUUAUGAACAAUUGUUCACGGCGCCGAUGUCGAGCGAGGAAUUCUCCAACGUGGUUUUACCUUUUGCGGAAUUUAAACCUUUCUACCGAGGUAGAGAAGUCCCUGAUGCAGAACCUUUGGACACCUCGAAUAUAACAUCAUUUGGGUUACAAAUUUAUGGAGGAGUCUACUCGCCGAUCAAGCAAAGCGGAGUCUCAGCUUUAGAAAUAGAAACCAUCAGUGUAACAUAAAUUUGCAACAGGUCUCAUAAUUGUGAUAUUAACAAUCCAUGCUACAAUUACACCUUUGCAAGUUAAUGUUCUGUCGGUAGCGAUAAGGAAAGAUAAUAUUUACUGAAGGUUUUACGAGGGAAAUUCAAUUCUCUGUUUACCGACGAGGUAUUUGCAUCGAUCCGCCGACCCAUUCACGGUCAUGCCAUCUAAUGAAACUCUAAAGUACUGAUUCGUCGAUGCAUGUACCUUCGAUAAAUAAGUAACUUUGUUCUAAAGGUAAUUCGCGAGUAAAUUCAUCGAACAUUCGCCGGGAUUUCAUGACGAUAGAUGGCCAGUUAAAAGCGAACCGCCGGCUGCAGUAAAUUUAAUAUCCGCGAUAGUACCGAAGAAGAAUCAGCUCCGCGAUUCCCCGUGCAGUCAUUUCCAUAAGUGAUUAAAUUAUGUUAAUUGUUUAAAUGUCAGUAUCGUUGGGACUUCCGGUAUGCGUUUCUAGUUCUUUCCGUUUUCUCUCCCUGCAGUCCGUAUACGACCUCCUCGAGGAUUAGCGCGAUAUUUUUAAUGGCAAAAUGCGAUUUAAAACAUGGGAGAAACUCGACGUAACACUUUGAGAGAAGCCAGUGUGCCGAAUAUAACAAAUGUGCAACACCGAGUUAUGCGAAUUGUGCAUCCACCCGGAAGUCUCGGUCGACUUUCUCAUUCGGAUUCAAAUUUGACUAACAAUGAGUCGACGAAUGCGUCUCGUCAAACGUAAGGAGCAUUAAAAAUACUAAUUCCUGCUAAAGGUAGUCAUUAAGUAAUGGAAACGUUAUAUGCAUGUUGCACACAAAUGCAUUCGGUCAUUUUUAUAAUCCGCACUUAUUGUAAUGCUUAGACAUUUAAUUAUUAUUGCCCGCGUGUUACGAGUGCAGAAAGUGCGAAAAAUUCCUAAUCAAUAAACUGAUCAAUAGAUUGAGGAAAAAUACAAAAGGUGUCCCAUAUAACGUCGUUUUAUAAAUGGAACUGAUGCACGGUAAAAGACCGGAAGUCUAAUAAAAGGCAUUCAAGCAAACGCCAUUCCGUCGUUACGCAUUAAGAAACUUCAUAAGAAUCUGUACAUAAGUUGCGAGAAAAUUUACGUAAAAUGUCUGAAAUGUUUAAAAGAAUCUUUCUCUCGCGGACAUUCUUCCACAGAAAUUGAUCAAACGGUUCCCACGAGGUCGAACCGAACUGGCAAUAAGUAAAGAGAGUCAUGGGUUUUACUGCCACCUUGGUUAUUACUUUAAGGAAACGACAUCUCGUGAAAAGUACAAUGAAACGCAACGACGGCCAUAAAAGGGAUCUGACUAGAGAUGAUAAAAAUUUCCUUGCGAUAAGACCAGCUCGACGGGACUUAUACAUAAAAUGAAGAUGGCUAUUCCUAUUUAACGACAGGAAAACACGCGAGCUCGGAGACAAACUCGUAGAUGUAACUGGUACGGCUACCGAAAAUCGUUGACAUACGUUCCUUAUACAUAUCUAACAGAAAGAGACCUAUGAUCGAUUUCUAGAAAUAGUUCAGCCAGUUCUGAUAUAACUUCGCGAAAGAAUGGUCGCCUCAGCCUCCCGGUGAGAGUUGUUUAUGUAAAACCACAACUAAAACUAAUUAAAAAAACCCCUAAAAAAAAUCUGUAUCUACGAGAUACUGUAUAAAUAAUCCUGCGACGUCCUGGUAAAUGCGCUACGUGAAUACCCGUGUCGAUUUUUAUAAUAGUGACAUUAUAGUUUAAGUAAAGACAUCUAACAAUGAUUUUGAAAGGUCGAAGAUAGAGAUAUAUAAUUCAUUGUACAUGGUAUUGUUAUUUAAACGUGGUCUACGAGAGAUGUUCGCCUUCGCGUUUACACCUAGUUUCUAUGUAUAAAUUUGUACAUAAUCGCGAAACAAAGGUCGCUUAGUUGUUUCCAAGUAAACCGUUAAGUAACGAUUA